AGCUCACAUUUAAACUGCCGCUUUUCUGUGCAGCAGCUGAGGAACUAUGGAUUGGAUUUUGCAGAACAAAACCCUCAGCUAACCCCCCCCCCUCGUCGCCUUCAAGUCAUCCCUUUUGGUUACUGCCUAGCAACAAUGAAGGGAGAAGGGUAAAUCCCAUUAUCAAAUGCAAGCGAACAGCUCCGGAUUCUAGCUCUUGCUGCUUUGCCUGGCAUCGCCACUAGAAAUAUGGAUACUGAAGAGAGAACACAGUACUGCAUUGUCCAACAAGGGAAACACCAACAGUAAAGGCUUCAAUGCUUCCAUUGUCAGCAGCAGACAACGCCGGUCAGAAUGGAAGCAAUAAGUGCUGCUUCCACCUCUUGAAAGAUGACCAGAGGAAAAGCAAGGCAAGCAUGCUGGUGAGCACGGAAGGUAGCAGAGCAGGAAACAUACAGAUGAACACACUGGAUACCUUGAAAAGCAGUCGCAGGCAGCAGGCUGCUGGGGGAGGAGAUGUGCGCAUGGUCUAUAACAUCUUUUUGGCUUAAAGGAUGGCGUGCCAAAAUUACUUGCAGUGGGCAUAAUCUCACCACAAAUGGCCUGACCAAGGAAGGACAAAUCAUUCACUAAUGAUCUGCCUACAAGAUGAAUUUCAAGGAAUAGCAGUGGAUUAAAAAAAAGAAAUACUCACCCACAAUCAUCUCCACAUUCCAUUAUUGGAUAUCUACAACAUGCUUCAGUGGAGGAGGAGGCAUUGCUGCUUUGCUAAGAUGACCUGGAAUACCAAACGGUCCCUGUUUCGUACUCACUUCAUUGGCUUACUCUCUCUUGUGUUUCUUUUUGCUAUAUUUCUAUUCUUCAAUCACCAUGACUGGCUGCCCGGGAGAGCUGGAUUCAAAGAGAACCCUGUGGCUUACACUACACGGGGAUUUAGAUCGACGAGAAGCGAAACAAACCACAGCUCUUUGAGGACCAUUUGGAAAGACGCAGCUCCUCAAACCCUCAGGCCACAGACUAUUACUAAUUCCAACAACACAGAAUUGUCACCUCAAGGAGUUACUGGUUUAGAGAACACGCUCAGUGCCAAUGGGAGUAUUUACAAUGCGAGAGGUACAGGACAUCCAACUUCAUAUCAUUUUAAGUAUAUCAUCAAUGAGCCUGACAAAUGCCAGGAGAAAAGGCCAUUUCUAAUACUGCUCAUAGCUGCAGAACCAGGCCAAGUGGAAGCUCGACAAGCUAUCAGACAAACCUGGGGAAAUGAGAGCUUGGCACCUGGGAUCCAAAUUGUUCGGAUUUUUUUACUGGGUUUAAAUAUUAAGCUAAAUGGAUACCGUCAGAGAGCCAUCUUAGAGGAAAGUAGACAAUAUCAUGAUAUUAUCCAACAAGAAUACUUAGAUACUUACUAUAACUUGACAAUCAAAACACUUAUGGGGAUGAACUGGGUGGCCACCUACUGCCCAAAUGUUCCAUAUGUUAUGAAAACUGACAGUGACAUGUUUGUCAAUACAGAGUAUUUAAUACACAAGCUUUUGAAGCCAGAAUUGCCUCCCCGGCACAAAUACUUUACGGGCUAUCUAAUGAGAGGGUAUGCACCCAAUCGGAACAAAGACAGCAAGUGGUAUAUGCCACCUGAUCUUUAUCCAAGUGAACGCUACCCAGUAUUCUGUUCUGGGACUGGCUACGUGUUUUCUGGAGAUUUAGCUGAAAAAAUAUUUAAAGUCUCACUGAGUAUCAGACGUUUGCACUUAGAGGAUGUGUAUGUGGGCAUCUGUCUUGCCAAGUUGCGAAUUGACCCGAUGCCCCCACCCAACGAGUUUGUCUUCAAUCACUGGCGGGUUUCUUAUUCCAGCUGUAAAUACAGUCACCUAAUUACCUCCCAUCAGUUCCAACCCAGUGAACUGAUGAAAUACUGGAACCAUUUACAACAGAAUAAGCACAAUGCCUGUGCAAACACAGCAAAAGAAAAAGCAGGCAAAUAUCGUCAUCGUAAAUUGCACUAGUAGGGAACCGCCUCCUAAAUGUAUUCCUUGUGCAAUUUGUAAAAAAAAAAGGAAAGGAAAAGAGGGGGGAAAUGGCUAAAAGCAUGUACAGUGGGGGAAAUGCUGUGCUUAAGUAGGACAAUAUUUAAGAUCAAGCACUUACUGUUUGAAAAUUAUUUUUUUAAUUUAAAAGGGGGAAAAAUUCUAAUUCUUGAAAAUAGUAUUAUGAUGGAAGUAUUAAUCAAAAGAUUUUCAAAAUGGGAUCAAGAUAUUUGUGUUAAUGUGCAAUAAUAAGCAUGCACAGUUUGGUGGUACAAUUGCUAUUUUAUGUGCCAAUAAAAUUAAUUGCGCUAAUAUUCCACAUUAACUUUCUUUUUUCUU